AUGGCCUACAGAGAGCAUAUAAAGGAGAAGUUCUUAGCUGAGAAUCCCGGUAUGAAUAACAAGGUUGUGUCGGUUCUUGCUGCUAACUUAUGGAACAACGAGCCAGAGGAAGUCAAAGAAUUCUGGAGAGAACGUGCUAAGCAGCUUAAAAUGGAACACAAACUCAAGUAUCCUGACUACAAGUUCAAACCUCAAAAGAAGAAACAAAACAUCAAGAGCCCCAACACCCCAAAAUCCAUCAAGACCGUACGCAAGAAGACUGGUUCAGAUUCUGCCAACAUGAUGUUUACUGAUGGCUAUGGCUCAGAAGACAAUAAACUUGUGUAUCCCUUGACAUUUGAUCCCGUUAGUGAUGAACAGGAAGAAUAUUAUAUGCAUCUUCACAAGAAGGCUCUGUUCGGACAUUACAGAGCUUCAUCAGCUGAUUCUGUCAGUUCGUGGACGAGUGACUCCACUGCAUCGACACCUGUACUCUCACCCUUUGUCGGUUCUCCUGCUUCUCUUUCGCCACCUACGUUUCAUAUGACCAGCCAAUAUGGACGGUCACCAUCAGCUCUUCGUUAUGAAGCUGGCAAGUCAUUGGACAACCAGAGUGACUUAUUGUUGUCUUCGCAUAACUUGGCCAUGUCACAAUCAAUAUUGAGUGAAGUCGAUCAUCUGAACCACAUGUAUAAUCAACUUGAUGUAAACGCUCAUGCCACCCUGCCAGUCGAUGACGGUUUCGUUCUUGAUUCAGCCCCCUACGAGUCAUCAUCUUCAUUGAGAACCGCAAACUUUUUGCAGCAACCGCAUGGUUCUUCCUCCCAAACCGAAAUGUCUUCUACUGAUUACGAUCUUAUGGCUAUGGGUCAAUAUGGUAUUAUGGAAGAAACAGAAAACUACGUAGUUGGAUACAACGAUAGCGGAGAUCACUACUUGGUCUAUAACAAUCCGUUUGACCUUUCCGCCACCGAAACCGCUUCCUCUAUCGCCCAGUAUGCAUAUUCUCUCGAGACAUCUCAUGCAACUUCCGAGCAACGCUUAGCUGGCUUCCAAGAGGGAAUGCGACAGCAACAACUCAAACUCCAAGAAUUGAUGAAUUGA